AGUGUUUUCAAAAGGUGAAUAUUAAUACUAUCCAUGGAAUAAAUCUGUAUCCAGUGGAUAACAGUGUUGCUUGCACUCGCACUUAUCUACUGAACAGUGAUUUUUUUCCAUGGAUAACGCCGUGCAACUCGUCAACGACUGGGAAAACACACCAAGUACACUACCCUUCUCUCCCCUGCCACUCGGAUUUUCUCCACAGAUAAAAAGGCAAAGCUGAAGAUGAACGGCGGAAGAACAAACACGCAGGCAGCGAAGAGUCUUAACUGCAUUUUUAGGUUGCACUUUACCGCUGAACCAGUAGUUAUCUUUUGAGGCGGCAAGAUCAGAGAAAGUAAAUGAACACUGAUCAAAGAAUUGUAUAUUUGGUUUGUCGCUCAAAACACUGAGAUGACGGAUCAAAGCAUAGGAAGGGGAAAAUUUGCUGGUUUGUUACUGCUUUUGCAAGGGUUGCUGUUAAUUUUGUUCGUAGUUUUCGUUGGUUACAGUGACGAACUCCUUCCAGAUGGCGAAAAUGAGACCAAAACCGACUCAAAAUAUUCCGGUGAGUGCAAUUUACAUUAUGACGCUUCGAAAAGUGAAUGAUAAUGAAUUUCUCUGCUGACGACGGAAAUGAACAUUUUUUACUUUUUCAUCUUCUUCUUUAGUAUUUGGGGGACUGCACCUAAUGCUUUUUGCUGGAUUUGGCCUUCUAUUAACUUUUCUGAGAAAAUAUGGAUUCAGUGCCAUGGGUUAUAAUUUUCUUAUUUCUGCUCUGGUGAUCGAGUGGUCAACCAUCAUGCAAGGAUUUUUUGAGAUGCGCAACAAUAAAAUUUCUAUUGGAUUGGAAAGGUAAGCAAUUAAAUAAUUACCUUUAUAUCUUUGAUACAGAAACGUAUUUUUGUUGUUUCAGUUGGAGAAAAGAAUUAUUUGAUUAGUGACAUACAGAUUAUUUUCGGUUUAUAACAUAUGUCCCCCACUGAACCUCCCUACACCCCCCCUGACUGACCUGACAAAGAUCAAAAUUAAGAAAGUGGAAGGAGUACUAUAUCCCGGGGGGGCACUUGGGUAUUUUUUGGGUGGGUAUGUGGCGCCCGGGACUCCAAAUUGGCAGCCCGUUCUAAAAAAAUUUCCUCUAAAAUUGAUAUCCUGUUCCAGAAUUUGCCCUAAAACUGAUACCCUGUUCUAGAAAUGGGCCAAUUUUUAUACUCCGUUCUAAGGUGCAAAUAGUACAACAGCUUCCUUGUUAAUGCAUUGAACUGUAUUUUUAAAAGCAAUCUGUCCUUGAAUAAUUUCAAAUGGCUGCUUACAAAACUGGAGCUUUCGUGUGUUCGAAAUAUCAUACCCCGUUCUAGAAAACGCCUCUGAAAUGGAUACCCCGUUCUAAAUCAGGAGCUUCAAAAUCACGACCCCGUUGGGUGGCACAUACCCGUAUAGGUAAUGUAUGGGAGCACCCCGGGUACUAUAUAUGGGUUGUAUUCGGAGUGGGGUGAAUAGGGGUAUGCAAGUCCACAACUCUGGGUUAUGAUUUAGUAACCAGAUUUUGCAUUAAAAUCUCACUCUGAAUCCGAAAUCCGAGCAAAAAUAGUUUUAAAACAUCCAAAGUCCAAAAUCCAGGCCCAAAGAGUGGAUUAAUUCACAAUCCACUGCAUGCAAUUGCCCGAUCUGCAAAUCCAGUAAAUUUUUGCUCUGAAUCUGAAAUCCAGGCAAAAAUAUUGCAAAAAUCUGUCCAUCCGUUUGUUGGCUUUUUCACCCCCUCUGCUAUUAAGUAGGUGGAGCAACUUUAGAAUCCUCGGACACCCCAGUGCCACAUUAAUGAGGACCUCGUAGGAUAAAAUUCCAUCAAGCAACAUGGCCUUGAAGCAUCAACACAAGAAUAGAUAAAAUGGUGACAAACAACAUCAAGAUGGGAUAAAUACUGACAGGAGGGACGGGGGGAUUUGUGGUCAUUUGUGGUGUUGCUAAUAUUUUUGUGUGGUAUUGCGGUGAAUAAUAUUCCCAUCUUGUGAUCUUGCGGUGACUCAAACUGUACCAUGUGCGGUGUUUCUGAUUUUAAACCUAUGAUACUCGGUGAAAAGAAAUAACUUGCGGACCCUUUGCGGUGUUGUGGUUUAUUCAUUGACUGUGGUUACCACAAAACGAGGAACAUUAACAACAUUUAGAGACUUGAAUGAAAAUCUCCCUUUUUACUUAAUGUUUUCAAUAGUUAGUUCAUCCUGCAAACGCGCCAUAAGUGUCAGUGGCUGCAACACCAAGGUCAUUGAGCCUACAACAGAGUCCAUACAAGCCAGAAUGCAUUCUUCAUAUCUGCAUGACUGAAAUAGAAUUCUUUGAAUCUUGAGGUCAGUCUGAGUCUCUGCAAAAACAAAACCAGUUCCGAAAACCUCCGUGACCCCCCCCCCCCCCCCCCCCCCCCCCCCCCGAAUCAUAUGAAGAUUAAUGGAUUAGAUUGAUCAUAGGACAAAAAUUAAAUUGCAAUGUCGGUGUUUCCUUAACUUUUUUGGUAGUGAUGGGGUUUAUGUGUUAUUUUUUCUGCGACCGUGUUGCAGUGUUCAUAGUCCCCCAAUGUCCCCCUCUGACAGGGACAUGGCCUGCUCCUCAGAUGCAAAAUGACCAUAUUUAUUCUCCUAAGAGGUCCUCAUUAUUACAUCAUUACUCCCAUGGUGUAGUAGGCAUCAAGUUAAUUGUGUUUUCAGUUCCCGCUCCCACAUAAAAUCACAUUUGACCACUAGUCAGCAGUCCUACAUUACAGUCCUGUCGUUGCAUGAUAAAAUCUACAGUUAAGCAGAACGACUUCUCCUGAUAGCCUCACAGUCCACUAGUCAAAGAAUCCCUUCAUCAGAGAGAGUUUGACACUGUAUUUAUUUACGAACUUAUCAUUAGUUUAUUUGAGUUUUGCCACUCACUGUUAUUUUUACUAUUUUUUGUAGCAUGAUCAAAGGCGACCUAGCAGCUGUAGCCGUAACAGUCUCAUUUGGUGCAUUACUUGGUAAAACAAGCCAUCAUCAGCUACUUGUCAUAUCUUUUAUUGAAGUUGUGAUUUACUCUGUAAACAGAGCAAUAGCUACCAAGUUCCUCCAUGCAGUUGACGCUGGUGGCUCAUUUUUUGUUCAUGCAUUUGGCGCUUACUUUGGUUUGGGAGUUUCUCGUGUAUUGUACACUCAAAGAGCUGUAGCCCACGACAAAGAAAUUUCCAGAUAUACCUCUGAUCUUUUUGCAACAUUGGGUGAGUUAUACAAAAAAUAGAGUUCUCAGCAAUAUUUUUGGAAAUACAGUAGAACCCUAUGAGGGGGCUGUAGAAAGUGUGUAUUAAUAUUAACAGGGAGUGACUGCACAGUGUUAAGGGGGCAUGCCAAUUCAAGUUAAAUUUGAACAAAAAAAAAAAGGAUCUUUAGCAUUGUCAAAUUAAUCAUCCCUAACUUUCACAAAAAAAACCCUUCAGUCUGAUAUUGACAUCUAUUCUAUCCUAUCCGGUGUAACGUAGUGUUUGGAAAAUGGACAAAACCUUCAAGAAAGAAAGAAAUGAAACUGCACCUCUUUUUACUAUUUGCAAUAGCAGAGAUGCCAACCUCUGGAGAUCUAAAAACUCGAGACUCUCUAUUUCGCACUACACCCCACCCCACUUCAAAUGUCAACAGCCCCACCACCCCCCACCCCCUCACCCACAAAUUGACCCAGUGGCCAUGACCUGGGACCUUAUAUGAAGUCAAAAUUUGCUUUCAUCAUUGUAAUGAUGAAAUAAUCUGUCAGUGACUGCAUGGAAAAAUGUCCCAGAAACCAUACAAUGAAUAAAAAAAGGUUGAAUUUUGAGGGAAAAAAAUGGGCUAAAUUUCAAACUAAAGCUCAGAAAAGCUCAAAAGUCCAUUUUAUCUGGAAGAUUUUUUGACACAUACAAGAGGGUGGGAGAUCAGUGCAGUAUCUGGGAGACUCCUGAUGAUAAUCUGGGAGAGUUGACAUAUAUCAGGGGCACCCAAUGGCAAUUUUCGGGAAAAUAUCUGUUCGGAAGACGAUUUGAGAACUAGAAUUUUCAGAACAUUUGUUGUAAAAUUUCUUGAUUGCCUGCCUCUCCUAGGAUUUUCUAACAUCUACAAAAUGGUAUAAUUACCCAUUUUAAAUGGAUAUUCACCCUAAAAAAGGCCACCUAGAAUUUUCGGGAGACUUUUCCUGGCCGAAAUUUUCGAAAAGGUAAGUUUUGAUCCCUAUAAUUUUCGGAUCACUAGACUUUCAGCUAGGAAAUCCGAACAGAUGAAAAGUUUUUAGGGGAUAAAAAUAUGCCUAUAUCUACCGUUUAAAUACUAAAAUACAUUCAACAAUGCUAUGUUAAGUGGUUUUGAACUAUAUCCUCAUUUGGUGCCCCUGAUAUAUGCAAUAAAAUAACAUUAGAAUUUAAAACGAUAUCAUUGGGAAGCUCAAUCUUGAUUCCUGUGGGUUUCUCUUUGUACUUGGUUGUGGUCUUAACAAAUCUAUCACUUGAUCGAUAGCAUUCUCCCAAAACCAUGAAAUUAAAAUCCUCGUGUAAUAUAGCAUCAAAAUUUCUGUGAGAAUAAGAACAGGUUUUUUUUAUUAUUAUUUUGCUUUAGGAACAAUCAUCUUGUGGGUUUGCUGGCCAAGUUUCAAUGCUGUUCUUGUCGAAGGAGUGGCAAGUCACAGAGCCAUCGUCAACACCUACUAUGCAUUGGUAACUAGUUGUGUAACCUCAUGUGCUUUCUCAUCUCUUAUGACAAAGGAAUCAAAGCUUAGCAUGGUAAGUUUUAUAAUUAUUUUAUUUGAAAUGUUACUUAGAUUAUGAGAUUGUUACACUUAGGCUAAAUGGCACACUCUGCUUUUGGAAGCAUACCACCAAAACUCAAAAGUAAGAAUGGAAGGCAAAAUAUAGAAUUUUUUAAAACGUUAAGCAAAAUGCUCAUACUCGUAGCAGUCUGAUUCCUGAUAGAAUUCUAGUAAGACACAAGUUGGCCUGUCUUGCAAUAUUCUUCACUGGGGUUUAGGUCAAGCAAGUGGUUAUUCCACUCAUUGUGUUUUUUAUAGUCUAUACAGACACCUCAAUGCUGGAACUCAUUCAAUUCACUCUGACUUGUGCUUUUGCAUGCAGUCAAGUGAGCUCAUAACUUCUGACUGUCACAGGCAGGGAAAAGAGGCCUAAAAGCUAAUUUAAAUUAAUACAAUGCAUCAAGUUUUCAUUUAGACCUGAAAUAAAAAUAUAUUUUGAAUUCAAUACAUGACAAUACUUCACUUGCAUGGUAGCAAAGGUUAAGAAAUGAGCCUAAUAAUUCAAAAGUCAAAUUAAAAAAAAGCUAAAACACUAUGUAUAUCGUGCAGUUAUAUAAAAUACUCAAGUUGGCAUAAUUUGUAAUUCAUUUAAACCUUAAGAUCGUUCAAUUUUCAUAAAUCUAAAAUAUAAAACCACUGAAGUUGGCAUCUGUUUCACCAGACAUCUAUAAUUUUUGCCAACAUUUUAUUGUUUCUGUUUUUCACAUUCUCUUUGGACUUUGCCUGUUUUAUGUCUUGCUUCCUGGCACUACUGUUUGUUCAAACAAGCAGAUGCAGCUGCUAUAAUAAUUUUCUUAAAAUGAAUUUACUUAAUAUUUUGUUCAUUUGCUCACUAGGUUCACCUCCAAAAUGCGAGCCUGGCUGGAGGCGUUGCCAUGGGUACAAUUGCACCCAUGAUAAUUCAUCCAUGGGGUGCAGUUCUGAUUGGAUUUGUUAGUGGAGCAAUUAGCACAAUUGGUUUCAAGUACAUACAGGUAUUAAAAUAAUUUAAUAUCAGUUUUCUUAGCCUGUAAACAGCCCCUAACCAAAAUUAUCUUCAAACAAAAUCGGGGGAGGAGACUGUCUCUCUCCAUGUUUUUGUUUGAGGGGAGGAGGCAGCUCUACACUAGUCUGCUACACAGCCGUUUUUAGUGUCGUCACGCAAUGCUCCUAGCGUUGCGUGACGACACUAAAAACGGCUGUGUAGCAGACUAGCUCUACACAGGCUACUGUUAUCUCAGCAUUCUGUACCAAGGCAAACAAAUACAAAUUUCUAAGGAAAAAUGAGGAAAGUGUAAAAACUUGAUUAGCCAGCUUCUGUUCUAAAAGUCAAAAAUAGUAAGAAACCGAUUCUACUAAACAAAUGAAAAUAUAGCCUCCUAAAAAGAUGUUCUUGCAGUCCUCUCCAAUAAAAGAUUUUGUGAAGAUCCAGAAAGAUGAAGCUUGGAGGCUAAAAAAGUACUACUCAAGAAUUUUUAUGAUUACAACAUGGGAAUUCAUUUGAAGACUCGGGACGGUUAGACAGGACUUUAUUUAAUCCUCACAAAUUGUCUCAAGGCACUUACAUUCUGGGAACAAGUGAGGGUUUUUGGAACAAAAAUCGCUUAUUGCAAAAUUUGUUAUGCUUAACGAAGAAGUUGUCUUUGGGAAGCUUGAUUUAGGAGCUGAACCGUUCAUGUUGUUAAUCACGAGUCAAGGUUUUAAGUGUAUUAGGUCCUCUGUGUGAAAAAUUUCAUGGUCUGAAUUAACAGCAAAAUUUUCGAACCACGCAACCAAAGCAGGAAAAACAGCGGACUCAUGUCCUGUCAAAAUAGCCGUUCUUAAUUGAUUCGCACAGCAAACGUUUCCUGUACUUACCAGCAAUGCAAUGUACAUUAGGUUAGACUCAUGAUUAGUUUGGUGUCAAAACUCGGCCUAACGUUUGCGGUAUUGAAAUUAUCUGUCUUUGAGUUUGAAGACUUAGGAAAAUGUUCUCAUAGUUUUCAAGAAACCUGUGACUGCAUACAGGGAGGUUACCAUUUAACAAGUCACUUAUAUUUUAGCCAUGGUUAAUCAAGAGGCUUCGAGUUCACGACACGUGUGGUGUAAAUAGUUUGCACGGAAUUCCUGGCAUCCUUGGUGCAAUUGCUGGAGCCAUAUCUGCAAGUAUUGCAAACUAUACGAAUUACAAGACAAGGUACUGAGUUUCUUUUGCCUUUUAGAGGUAGUGAAUGGUGGCCUUUUGAGACCAUAGCCAGCAUUUAUCUUUGCGUCCGAGAUAAUUUGACUGUUUUGUCAGACAUCCCAAGACUCUCAAACAUCUUCAAUCUAUGUUUCAUUCCUUUCACGGGUUAAAUCAACCAGGGGCACCCAACGAGAAUAUAGUUCAAAACCACUUAAACAUAGCAUUGCUCAACGUAUUUUAGUAUUUAAACGGUAGAUGUAGUCAUAUUUUUAUCCCGUAAAAAUUUUUUAUGUGUUCGGAUUUCCUAGCUGAAAGUCUAGUGAUCUGAAAAUUAUAGGCAUCAAAACUUACCUUUUCUAGAUAAUUUCAGCCAGAAAAAAGGCUCCCGAAAAUUCUAGGUGACCUUUUUUAGGUAAAAAUCGGUUAAAAGUGGGCAAUUAUACCAUUUUCUAGGUGCUCGAAAAUGCUAGGUGGAGCGGGCAAGCAAGAAAUUUUACAGCAAAUGUUCCGAAAAUUCUAGGUCUCAAAUCGUCUUGGCGUUGGCGCUUGACGUUGGGUGUCCCUGAUGAACUCAACAAAUUGCCCUGCUUUUAAUGUAUGGGUCCUCAUAGCUCAGUUAGUAGAGCACUGCAGUGCUAAAGCAGACUGGCCGUGGGUUUGUAUCCCGUUGAAACCUAGAAAUUUUUUCAGGCAUAAUUUGCAGUUGGUUAAAUUGCGAUUGCAAGUGCAAUGGUCAUAUUUUCAUUUAGAUUUGUAUUCCCCCAGUUCAUUCAAUUCUUGAAAAUGUUGUAAAAAAAUUAACGGAGGCUUGAAGGUGUCAAUGAGUGAUGUAAAGUGCAAUUACCAGCAACUUUCCAAGAAAUUUCCUUGUCCUUUAAUUAUAAUGACAGAAAUCGGACUACAAAGUUGGAGCUUUUUAAAGUAGGAAGCAUGCGUUGUUUGGGAAGCCUAAGCAUUUGCACCAAUCUUUGUUUGCUUCAAUUAGCUCAUGCUUUCUACGAGAGUUUGAGCUUUCUUUGUCUAUUUAGGGCGUAAGAAAGUAUGGGAAAGCAUAUUUGUGAAGACUGAUAAAUACUUGAAGUAAACCUUUUGUUUUACUGCGUAUUGGUUUUUUUUUUAUGUCCUCGUGUAAACCGUAUUUUCUUUCCAGUUCAUCUGUACAUAGUAUCGUUCAAUUUUGACAGUACGAUUUUCUCUUCUUUUUUUUUUCUUUUCCAGUCUUUACACAAUUUUUCCAGCCAGAGCACCAGUGCUUAAUAGUACCCGGUACUUUGAGUUGGUCAAGUUUAGCCCACAAGCUUCCGAUGGUCUGAAGUGGAGUGCAGACAAACAAGCCGUAUUUCAGUUAGCUGCUUUAGUUGUAACAUUAGCGCUGGCGAUAUUCGGUGGUCUUCUUACUGGUAGGCUGUUUAUUAUGGCCUUUCAACAUACCGCUUUCUGUAUAGAGACGCGCAACCUGAUAAGACAAUAAUUGAUAUAAAAUGGCAUCGUUUUGCUUUUCUGGGACGUCAUCGGUUGGCUUUCCUCACGCUUUUGACAAGCGAGAAAAGCUGAAUAUUUCGAGAUCUUUUUUCAUUCACUCUUCAAAAAUCGGCCCCGUAAACAGCCUUUAAUAAAUUCGGCACUGCAUAAUUUUUUUUGGUGGCGGAUGGGGGGUGGGGGGGGGGGGGACAAUAUACUGGUUUUCUUCGAAUAAAAUCGACCAGACCAAACAUAAGUAACUCGGUUCCCCUAAAGGACCGCAGAAAUCGUUGCGCCAUAGCUUGUACCGAUUCACUAAACAUGGUUUAUAGAUUGACGAACUGACAGCUUUCACUUUAAUCAUCAGCGUUGCUGACCUCCUGCUCGCCCUCAGGCUCUGAUGGCAUAACAUUCAAUUAUUACCCUCAAGGUUACUGAUUUAUUUUCAGGUAUCAUUGUCAAACAGCCGUUCUUUGAUCCCCUGAAGGAGGAAGCCUUAUAUGAUGAUGGGGAAUUCUGGGAGGUAGGUUAGAUUAAAGCCAAUACGAUACGUUUGCCUUAAGGGGCGAUGGUCAAAGUCGUUUUGUUCUCGUUGAACAAUUUACUCUGAAAGCCAGACGUCAGUGAAAAAGCCUGGAAGUUGGUGAGUAGUAUAGGGCGCAUGAAUUUCACCCCCUUUUUAAAGCGGAAUUUUCGUUAGAGUGAGGUGAAAUAAAUUGUCGACGAAUGACGGCAUGAAUAUAAGGCGAAGACACUUCAUAAAUAUAGGCUGAUGUCUUGUUCAUGGCAGGUAUGUCCUGUUGCUGACGAAAUUUGUUUUGUUUUCACGAUCGAUUGACACGUGGACUCAUUUGAUGAAUCAGUCUGUUUGGGUUGCUAACCAUUGUCACAGAAAUCUGUAAACGUAUACGUGACUAUGUAGGAUUUUUUUGUUUUUCUUUUCUUUUCGCAUCCAUUGUCCAUAGCAGCCAACCUAGGCCAGCGAGUCCGUUAACAUCUGUAAACGCAUUCAUAUAGAUAGUUUACGGAUGUAUUUGUAAAUCCCGAGUUUCAAAGUUCGUAAGCGGCUCUAAAAGGUUUAACAAGGUGUCAUUUCCCAGGAAAAGAAAUAUAUCUUAAAGUAAGGUAAAACGGGCAACGAUAAAAAAUGAAACUUUUCUUGCAACAUUGCCGCAAAACGGGUUUAAUCCUGAUGUUGCGCGUUUUGCCACCCACAUCAAAUCUGUCUUGCAACUAAGGUUGUUCACGGGUUUGAGCGAGGGUGUUAAAACGCGCAACAUCGCUUUUUUCGCAAAACAAGUUGCACGUUUUUGAUGCCGGUUUUACCGAAGCUUUUAAUAGAAAGAUACCGUCACACUGAUUUGGCAGAUCAGACAUGCGGUUUUCUUUAUCUCAAGGUUCCCAAUGAUUUUCGUGGAUUGUCUGAAGAAGUCCGUCCCAGAACCAGGAGCGAGGUUCCGCGAGAGCAAAAUGAAUUGUUAGUUCGAAGGGAAGAGAAUGAAGUGGAGGAGCAAGAUGGACAGGCAGAUGGACAAGUAUGAUGAAUCACAUACCCAGACCAUUUGAGUGUUUGAUAGUCAGCGUUCCUGCCAGUUAUGAAAUCUGGAAAAACUCUUGAAUUUUAAUAUUUAUUCCAGGGCCCGGAGAAAGGCACCUAAAAUUGUUCAUUUUCGAGUUACCUCAAGCCUCUUCAUCAAAGCGAGGCUUGGUGCACAACCAUUUCGUCGUAACAUUGGUUUUUUCUCACGUGAAUUAAAACUUACUCUUGCGUGAAAAGUUGAGGACCAAGCGCUGGCUUCGAAAUUAAUUCAGAAAUGGCCUGGUGUCCCAUCUACUGUGGGAAAACGCCUUGAAUUUCAAGGCGCGUUAGAACUACAGAAAAAUUAGUUCUGGACCCGUCAAAAAAGUGGUACCGGUAACUUUUAGGGAAUGUCAAACCAAGGGUUCCUUUUAUUCUUGUUCCGGAAUAAUUAUGGUCAAUCAAACACUCCCUUUAUAGUUCGCAAUUGAAAAAUAGUAAGUACUUCAGGGUCGUGAAUUUUAUACUUAUACCCUGCGAAUCUUCUGGAAUUUCUCUCUCUCAGUAGUACGAACCAGAUUAAUAAUACUGCUAAUAUAUUUAUACAGUUUCUAGAUUAUUAUUAUUAUUAUUAUUAUUAUUAUUAUUAUUAUUAUUAUUAUUAUUAUAGAUAUUUUAACGACAUAAAUGUAUUACAGAUUAAAAUAUUAUAUUUAGAGAAGUUAAAUUGUCAAUACAUAGAAAAUAGCCGUUAUUUCGUCCGAAGGGCGCAAUGCAAAUGCCGAGAACUACAGGAGUUUCUUAGCUCAAAAUCUACAUUUAGCAUUUUUAUCUAAAGUUUAGGCAACUUAAUAGUUUGAAAUCUUGCAUUUUAUGAAUUCAUCUGUGGGUUUUUUAGUAUACGAAUGUUAAGGAAUUCACCAUUUCUCUGAAGAACUGAAACUUUCGUAAAAUUGUCUUUGACUCGUCAAAAUAGAAAGGGUUUGCUAACAAGGUUUUAUUAGGUAAAUAAGAGUUUUGCC